AUGCUUGAAUCUCCAUACCGUUCAACCCAAGGUCGUAAAGCUGUUCGUACGUUAACUACCCCACUAAGUUUUAAUAAUUCUGAAAAUAUAUGUGCCACAAAUGAAAAUCUAUUGCGAUACUGUUUGGAUUCACCAACUACAACAUCUCAACCAAAUCUAAAUGGUCGAGUAUCGAGGUCAGAUACAAGCUCUAGUAAUGAUCAUAUUGGUCGUAAAUUAUCUGUAAAUGGAGUACAUGAAUUUAGAGACCGAUCCCUUCCUGGUACAAUUUCAAAACAAGAAGUUCAUUCGGUAUAUAGUUUACAUCAACAUCGUAAAAACACAUAUAUUCAAAUUCAAGAUCCUAUAAAUAGUGAAAAUCGAUCACCAUCAAGGCAAACACGAAGAAAAGAAGUUAUACGUUGUUGGAGUCGAGAAAGAGUUACAAGAAGUGAAACUAUUUUAAGUAUACGUCGACCUUCAUCAAAACAAACUGAACAAAAUAUAGAAAGUAAUAAUUUAUGCAAAUCUCGACUUACUGCUUCAACAUCGACCUUUAAUACUUCUAUUUUCUUACCGAUUAUAAAUAAAAGUGAAAGUUUUUCAUCACUACCAACUACAAUACGUCAUAUUCCAAUUCAAUUAGCUGAUAAUCAUCUAACUGAUAUACAACCAAUAAUUAAUGAUACAUUAAAAUCAAUUCCAAUUUCUAAUCAAUUUUCUGGAAUUAAAAAACAAAUUUCAAAUAAACUACAAAAUCUUACUUUCUCUCCUAUUGAAUAUUCAGAGUAUGUAGACAAUUCCACACAAAUAUUAAAUAAUCUUGAAUCUUCAAUUGAACAAAAUUCAAUUUUUACAGAAAAUCUACCGUCAACCACAAAAAUUAAUCAUGAAAAUGAUGAUAUGAAUAAUCAAAAUGUUGAAUUAAAUGAGAUCAUUAAAAGACAAAUUAAUAAAUUUCAUAAUGAUAGUACAGUGAUGCAAAUUAAUGAAACUACAAUAGAUUCACUUCCUUCUUGUAAUAAUAAUAAUAAUAAUAAUAAUAAUAAUAAUAAUAAUAACAGUAAUAGUAAUCAUGAUAAUGUUGACAAAUAUAAUGAUAAUAAUGGUGAUGAUGAUGAUGAUGAUGAUGAAGACAGUUCAACUAGUCGUUAUAGUACUGCAGAAUCAUCACCAUGUGAAGACUUUGAACCAAAUCUUAAUAAAACUAAUCAAAUAAACAAUCAUAAUAUUGAUAAACAAAAUAACAAAAUAAUUGGAGAAAAAAUUGAUAAACUAAAACAAAAUAAAAAUAUAAAAGAAAAAUUAACAAAUUCAACAAUGAAUAAUCAAAGUGUAGCAUUAGAAUUUCGAACAAUUGUUCAACGAGAUGAAUAUGGUUAUGGAUUUCGAGUUUGUGGAAAUAAACCAGUAUCGGUACAUAAUGUUCGGAAAGAUGGUAAUGCAGAGAAAGCUGGUCUCAAAGCUGGAGAUCAAAUUAUUGAAGUGAAUGGUAUUUCGGCCAUUGAUCUGAAUCAUGAAGAUGUCGUUGAGCAGAUUCGCUCGCGAAACCAAGUCUCUUUACGACUCAAGAGAUUACGUUAUCAAGUGGUUGAUGGCUUAACUGGAUAUCGAGUAGGCUCUAUGAGAAACUUAACCUGUAAUGAAGCUCCAAUUUUGAGAUCACAACAACGUCAUCAUUACCAAAAACGUCGAUCAGUUCGAGAGUCUUCAUCAACAGGAAAUACAGCGUCUGCCGUAGUUAAACGAAGACCUCGUCUUGGGACGCAGACAUUCAAAAUAGCUCGAAGUUGUUCACCCCCUCCAUUAGCGCCAGUCGGUUCAAUGAAUGAUUCAAUAGGUCCACAUACAGAUGAAGAUAUUGAUUGGAGAAAAGAAGACGAGACUAACUUAGAACCUAACCCCAGUUUAUCUCCCCAAAUACCUCCAACCAAUGCAGCUAGCUUACCUCCCACAUCCAGGAUGGUUCGACCUCGUUCUAGUAUUGGUCCCAGUGAUCAUACCAGUAAAGAAAGACCUGUUAGUUCAGGACCUGAUAUGUUUGGCCUCUUCAAAAGGGGCUCAGUCAAGGACGUAAAUCAUCCAGAAUGUCUGAGGGAGGAAGAUAGUUCUAUGGAUGGAUCAUCUCGUGAUACUACAACUGCGAAUAAUAAGAAUAACAGUAAUGGGAGUGGUAGUACUAGCAGUUGUAGUUCUAAGUCGUUAUCUCGAAUGUCUUUCCCUGGUCAUUCUAAAUCUAAUGGUACAUCAAAUAAGAAAACUACCGGUAAUCUCAAGGAUCAGUCAACGUUUUCUAGUAGUACACCACCUCUUGGUCGUGUUAUGGGUAGGAAUUUCGACGAUGAAGGUGAAAGUGAUCUUAGCAUUGCAAAUGAUCUUGCUCACUUAUCAUCAGAAUUCGACAGUGCAACGUCAGUAAUGAAUAGUCCGGCUAAGUGUGCUAUGUUUAUCGAUUACUUGUUUUCUCAUAAACGAGAUCCUACAUGGACGCUUUUCCACAUUGUCAACCAAUACUUUCAACGAUCAAUGGCUUCGUCAAAAGAAUUAUUUAAAGAUGAAAAACGUGUUUGUCUGGAGAUAUUUACAACGUUUCUACAUGAAAAGUCUCCGUUGCGUUUAGAUGUACGAACUCCAGUUGUGUUGAAGUCAUUUGAUUUUAAUGAAUGCUCGAAAUUGUUCAAUGUUAUUGAUCAACAGUGUGUGAAUCAGAUUGAAGUACAAGUUUCCAAAUUAGCUGAGGCAAUUAAUCUAGGUAUGGAUACAUGGUGUCUUUCUGAGCCAAUUGAUUUCGUUCUGUUUCGUAAUAAAGAAGAAGAAUUAGCAUGUUUCGAAUCGCGUCUAAGUAGUUACCUUGAUGCAUUGCAUCAACUGUUUACCGGAAGUUGUACAGACAAUCCAAUUGCUCUUAGCAUAUGUCGAUUGCCAAACACAUCUGGAUCAGUUACAUAUGAACAAAUUACUCAGGCGAUUACUACUUGUUUGGUUACAGCUCACCGGUAUUAUUCCAUGUCUCAGAUAUCAAGUGCAGAUUAUCCUGAAACUAGAGAUUCUGGACAUUCUAUUAGACAUAGUCUUUUUGCAAGGUCUUUUGAAAAUUUAACUACAUCCGCAUUGGGUUUAGGUAGUGUAUCAGGUAGCAUUGGAAGUGGGCUGUCAUCUGCUGGUUCACAUUUAUGGACAAAAUUAACUCCAUAUUGUGCUAAAUCAAAACAAAAAUCACAUUCUUUGCUCAAUCGUAAAAGUAAAUGGUCUCACAAAGGUCAUUUAUUUUAUGAAUACACUUACGAACGUAUUGCUGAUUGUGGUGUAUGUGGAUUUUUAUUAUGGGGACUCAAUUCACAAGGUUUCAAUUGUAAUAAUUGUGAUCUGUUUAUACACUUAAAAUGUAAAAAUGGUAUUCGAGAUCACUGUAGUAGAGAAGGACGUAGAACAACUGGCGUCACGUCUGCAAAUGUUUUAGGCGGUAUACUUGGUAGUAUACCAAAUCUCACAAUUGAUACACAUGUUCCAGGUAACACACCGAACCAAACGAAUGAAUCAUGCAAUAAAGUUCCCUUAAAUCCCAGUCAAAUUGGUUCGAGUGAUUUUAUCCAUCACGCUAACUCGGUUGAUAAUCCACUCGACGCUGUUGCAUCACUAGACGAGACAAUUAAUUCAUCUUGUCAAGAUAGUACUUAUAGUUCUGGGUUGAAUGAAACUUCUUCAAUAUCAGGCAAUGGGGGUGGUGACACAUCUAUCAACUUUCCUUCACCAGGAUUAUCUAAACGUGAUUCCAUUUCAUCAAUGUCAGUUGGAUCCACAUGUCAAACUCCUGUGGAUUCUUAUUUACAAUCUGGUAUUGGUCAAACAGACAAAAUUAAAUCGAAUGGAGAGGAAUGUGGGAUUAUGGGCAAUGAUUCGCGUUAUGUAAAACAAAUGAAAAAUCUAUACGAAGGAAGUGAAAUCAUUCAAGAAAUAAUUCCAACGUCUCGAAGUGAUAGUGUCGUUUCGAAUAUUUCCUCAAAUCUACCUACACCAAGUAGCUCAACAGGUCCUUGUGAUCGUCCAGUCGAAACAACAUCAUCACCAUCUUCAUCAUCGUUAAGUAGUCCUGUUUCAAAUAUCAAUGAGACUGUACGUGAAUUAGUUACUACAGAUUGGAGUGAUGAUCCAGAAAUGAUUGCAGGAGCAAGUUUUGAAGCAGCAGUUGAACUACGAGCUCAGUUUCCUAAUUUUCAAAUGCCUAGUAAAGGUCAAAAAAGUGAAGAGUAUAUUCGUACACUAGUUCUAUUGGAAUUUCAUCAAAAAACUCAAUAUAUGGUUCGCCAUUUGAAACAAUACGAGUAUUUAUUAUUACGUCGUUGGCCUGUGGAACAUGCAAAAUUGGCUAAAAUUUUAUGCCUUGAUCAAAUUCCUAUAUUAAUUGAUCUUUUUCGUAGUCUCGUUACUUGUAUUGAUCAAACAAAAACCGAACAAGGUUAUCGUGGUAUGGCUGAAGCUGUUCUAGCCUGGUUAACUGAUAAUUCAUCGGCUAAUUUAAAAACAUGGGCUCGUUAUUGUCAAGCCCUUUCAUGUUCAAAUAUGUUAGAAAGUGUUCGACAUUCUGUUCGUGAUUAUGUACGCCGACAUCCAGAUAUUGUACCUCUAUUACAAACUAGGCAUAAUAAAUUUGUCUUAAUUGAAGGUUUAAAACAAAUGCGAAUUCUUUACUUUAAUUUACCAUUAAUUGCAAAUAAUAUUGCAAAAGAUUUGGAAAAGAGAACUAAAAUAUACAAAGGUGAAGCUAAAAUUUGGCAACAAAUUCAACUUAAAUUGGCCAGUUUACCACAAACUAUCGAUAAUGUUUGUAUGCCACUUGUUAAACGAAUUAAUCUUGGUCAAUUAUGUACUAGUUUGGAUAAAAAAGAUAUUUUGUCUAAACCACUUCCGGAUUUAUUAGUACCAUUUCAGCAUUUACUUUUAAACUUUCCUCGUGUAUUAUUUCAUCAUUGGGUUUUUGCACAUGCCGAAGUAACAGUUGAUAAAUUAACAGCGAAUCGAUCAAAUAAAGUAAAUCAUGAUUAUAUUUGUGAACGAACUGAAAUGUUGGCUAUUCUCUUACACAAUGCACUUAUGUUAAUGGUGAAGGAUGGUGAACGUUACAUUUUACGUAGUUUUAAAGCUGUACGUGAACAAGGCGGUGGCUCUGGUAGUAGCGGGAACUUCAGUACUUCUGCUUCUAAUAGUAGUGCUGUUGAACGUCUUUCCAGUUUCGGAUCGCCUGGUACACCUGGUGAAAAAGAUCGACCCAACUCAGGCAAUCUAUCCGGUUAUUCUUCUAUCUCUUCAUGCAGUUCUCUUAGUUCUUAUUCGCCUAAUUCAAAUGCUCAAUCACAUACAAGCCUUGUCUCAGCAGCAGCUAGUGCUGCAGUCGCCAGUAUGACUGAUCGUUCGUCAACAUCGUUGGGAAGCUCGAAACUUGUUCCUAUAUUCCCAUUGAUAGAUGUGUUUACUUCGUGUGGUGAAAAAUUUGGUGGUGAUCAUCUAUUAAAUAUCGUCUUUAUGAAGCAAACAGUUUUGAUCCGGUUAUUGUUUUCAAAAGAAGAUGAAAGACAAAAUUGGUCAGCUUAUAUUCAAGAAAAUAGUGUGACUACACAAAGUAUUGAUCGACAACGUAUGUUGAAACCAACUGCUUCCGCCGUUGCCGCCUCUUCAUCACCAUCGUCAUCUACUCAAAGUCGGUCGACAAUCGGUAUAACUUCUGAAUCGCUCAUUUCUAAAACCUCAUGUAAUACACCUACAGCUGAUGACAUUUCAGUUAUUACUCCUCAACCAUCAACCCAAGAUUUAAAAACUUCAUUCGGUAAACUUCUUACUACAUCAUCAACUACUACAAAUAAUGAUAAAACUACCUACCCAUCAGAUAUUAACAACACUGAUCAAAUUCCUUCCGGAGAAGAAUGCACUGUAUUUGUUGAUAAAUUACAAACCGCUAUGAAUGAACUAUUAGAACAAACACAACAAAUUAUUUGUGAAAAAUAUAAUAUAUCUAAAGAAGAAUUAGCUAAUGCAAUGAAUGAGGGCGAUGACGUGAAUGAUAUCCUGAAUCCUGGAAAAAUCCUGUUGUUCCAGAUAAAAUAUUUCGCAAAAUGUUACAAUUUAAUAACUCGAACUCUUGCUCCACAACCUUCAACAUAUUUUCUAAAUCAAAUACAAAAUCAUUUUGAAUCUAUAAACGAUGAAGGUCAUCAACAACUCGAUAUGUUAAUGCGGCAGAAGAAAAGACAAAGCUCAUUGUCAUGGACAGAAGGUUAUCUAGAGUCACUUAGCCGGAACCCUGUACUGAAUAUUGGAAGCAAUAAAGUAAUUGGUAGUAGUGAAUCAGAAAGAUCUCGGUUUAAUGUUAUCGAUGCUCAACCAGAUGACUCCAUCUCCAAAGCUACACAUUCUUCACCAAACCUAGUCGGUUCAGAUAAUGAACGUAGUCGUAUCGAGAUUCAAGACAAACGAAAAUCCAAAUGCAGAUCAAGGAAGUCUGAAGCAGGUCCUGUUUCAAAUUUAGAUUUCACUUUCUUUGAUAACUUAUUGAAUAAAGAAUUGAUUACAAUGGCUCCAGUAUUUACAAAAUCUGUCAUGUGUUUGUGCAAGUUAAUUCAUCAAGACCCAUCGCCGAAUAAUUUAUUAAAAGAAUCUACUAGUUCAAGAAAAAGUUUAUCAAGACCAUCUGUUCAAAUCGAUUCGCAAGUUCAUUGGACUAAAGUUGGCGAUGCUGAAUGUCCGGUCAGUGGGAGUACUGAUGAAGUUGAAGAUGAAGAAGUUAGAACAUUGGCGAACUCUAUCAUCGAUUUGUCUUGUUCACAAGCAACUGACACAUUAAAACUGGACACACUUUCCACUGAACAGUCGGAUGCAUUGCACAGUGGAUUUGAUUUAUCUGUAAAUAAUUCAGAUCAAGAUUUGAAUUCAGUCGCUGCACAACUUGUGUCUGAUGUGUUGGAAAAUGCCAAAAGCUAUUUCUCAAAUCAUAUCACAAAAUCUAAUGAUGCGGAACAGAAAACAGUGAAUGUUAUUCGUGACAGCGGAUGUGCACCAUCUGCCACAGAUGAAGAUGAAGAUUAUUAUUAUGAAGAAGAAAUUGAUGAUAUUGAUGAUGAUCACGUGAACAACGAUGAAACAGUGGAAGAAAUAUCAGAAAAUCAUAACGAUCUUUUAACAUCAUCUGGAACUAUUUCCACUUCAGACACUUCAACUCCUAAAUUCGUGGGCGUUGCUUCUAUAUUUGAUGAUGCUUCAUUGGAUCAAAACAAUCAGUUAGAUAAGACACCGUCUUUACACGAUGAUUUACUCAUUGA